AAAUAGUAGAGGGUGGGAGUCCCAUGAAAUUAACCAACCAAAUAUCGAAGAAGCUGAUCGAGGAAGAUGGCAUCUCAAAGCCAAAUCAGGGAAGUCCCGGUGGAAGGCAGCUUGGGCAACGUGUUCUGUAAAUGUGGAGAGGGAUGGACAUGCGUGAUCAGUAAGACCACAGGCCCUGAUGCUGGCAAACCCUACUAUAAAUGUGGCGAGAAGUGCGACUGCUCUAUUGAUGCAUGCAGAGAUGGGGUGAAAGUGCCAGGACAGGAAGCGAAGGAGGUAGGAGAUGUUGCGAGUGGAGCAUACUGCAAGUGUGGAGAAGGAUGGGGCUGUGUGAUUUCUAGGGUUCAGCCAUCUGAGGCCCAGAAAGGUUUCGAAUGCGCUGGACCCUGCACCUGUGCUAUCGAGGCCUGAUGAAUAACACUUCAUCACUAAAAUAAUACUACCUCUGAUUCUAAUUAUUAUAAGACCCUAUAAUUAGGACAGGAGGUAGUAUUAGUUAUCUGUGACGUCUGUGCUUUACUUUGGCUGCAAAAAAAUAAAUAAAGGGAUAUUGUAUGCUCAAACCCCGUCCCUUCGGUUCCUUUAUGUAUCCCCAUGGAUCUGCGUGUGUGAUUUGCCCGCAAAUCAAGGUUGUUAUGUAAUUAAGAACUUGUCAUCGUUUGGGUUAUUAAUAUUAAUGUUGUUGUUGUUGUUGUUAUAUAUGUAUGUAUGUCAUCUUAUGCUUAAUCUACAGUGUUAAAGGA